GGACACCAAACUGACCACCUUGGAGGAACAUGACUGGGAUUCCCCACUUCUAUCCUUUUGUUCAAAUGAGGCCACAUAUCCGCUCGCCAUUUUCCUCCUCCGUGGGACAAGACAUCUGAGGGUGGUCCUCCUCAGCUCCACGGGACACACAGUUAGCUUACCACUAUCGACGUCUCUGAUUAAGGAAGAUACCCAUACAAUAAGGAGAUAAAAACAUUCAGAUGGCAGAUAACAGUUUUUCAGAUGGGGUUCCUUCAGAUUCCUUGGAAGCUGCUAAAAAUGCAAGUAAUACAGAAAAGCUCACAGAUCAGGUGAUGCAGAAUCCUCAAGUUUUGGCAGCUCUACAGGAACGACUUGACAGUGUCUCCCAAACUCCUUCAAGCUACAUCGAGACUUUACCAAAAGCAGUCAAAAGAAGAAUCAAUGCCUUGAAACAGCUUCAAGUGAAGUGUGCUCAUAUAGAAGCCAAGUUCUAUGAAGAAGUUCAUGACUUGGAAAGAAAGUAUGCAGCAUUAUACCAGCCUCUCUUUGACAAGAGAAGGGAAUUCAUUACUGGUGACGUUGAGCCGACAGAUGAGGAAUCAGAAUGGCACAGUGAAAAUGAAGAGGAGGAUAAAUUGGCUGGAGACAUGAAAAAUAAAGUAGUCAUAGCAGAAAAAGAAGCAGCAACAGCAGAAGAGCCAAACCCCAAAGGAAUUCCGGAGUUCUGGUUUACCAUCUUUAGAAAUGUAGAUAUGCUAAGUGAAUUAGUCCAGGAAUAUGAUGAGCCAAUCUUAAAACACCUGCAGGAUAUUAAAGUGAAAUUUUCAGACCCUGGACAACCCAUGUCUUUUGUAUUAGAGUUCCACUUUGAACCCAACGACUACUUUACCAAUUCAGUCCUGACGAAAACGUACAAGAUGAAGUCAGAGCCAGAUAAGGCCGAUCCCUUUUCCUUUGAAGGUCCUGAAAUAGUUGACUGUGACGGGUGUACUAUUGACUGGAAGAAAGGGAAAAAUGUCACGGUCAAAACAAUCAAGAAGAAGCAGAAACACAAGGGUCGAGGCACCGUUCGAACAAUCACCAAACAAGUCCCCAACGAUUCCUUUUUUAACUUCUUCAGUCCACUCAAAGCAUCUGGGGACGGAGAGUCACUGGAUGAAGAUUCCGAAUUCACAUUAGCCUCCGACUUUGAAAUUGGACACUUCUUCCGUGAGCGGAUAGUCCCUCGGGCUGUGCUCUACUUCACGGGGGAGGCCAUAGAGGAUGACGACAAUUUUGAAGAAGGGGAGGAAGGAGAAGAGGAGGAAUUAGAAGGUGACGAGGAGGGAGAAGAUGAGGAUGAUGCCGAAAUUAACCCGAAGAAGGAGCCCAGCCAGCCCUCAGAGUGCAAACAGCAGUGAGGAGCGAGCGCACCUCUCCGGCGUGGCUGCUGCCUGCAGAUGCCUGGCGGGACUCGGCACGGCUGCACGCGGUUGGAUUGGCAGCGCUUAUGUCUAACUCGUUUUCAAGUGCAUGAUUUUCACUUUCACUUUUCCUUUUUCCUUAUUAUUUUGCUUAACCUAUACAGUGGCAACUUAAAUGCAUUUCAGAAAUAGGAGGUUUAAUGCCAGCACCCUCUAUGGUCUUGGGUGCAGCUCAGUGGACUUUCCCAGGUCCUGCCUUGGGGAGGGCCUUGCAGACCACGUGGGGGUGGGGGGUGGAAGGUCACCGAUGCCAAGGACAGAUGCCUGGGGCUGUGGUUCCAGGGCACCUUGAAUCCAUUGACACCACUCCCGCAUCGGACUGGAUUCUCCUUUCAUUUGAAGAAACCCACAUGCUUUGUCUCCAGCCACUUGAUAUUCUGCACUCUCAUCGCCUCCAGGGGCUGGUAGAGUAGGUUCUGUGCCCCUGAGAGUGUCUUUCUUUGGUUUUAUUGUCCUCAGGGUGGGGGGGGGGUGCACACCGACCCUGAGGCAUGAGCUUUGUGGUUCAUCCUCGUAUUUAUUUAUUCUUUCAUACUUGUGAGGGCUUGGGACACCUGCUAUUGCUCGUCCUUAUUGUUUCUGAAACCAUGUUUGUGACUAGAGACCUGGUAACUUCACCAGGAAGAGGUGGUGGUGGCCCCUACAGGAGCCAGGCCUGUGUAGAAGAAACCAUGCUCCUUCCUGCCUCCAGCUGCCGAGGCAGGAGCUUGUUUUCAUGACAUACAGACCACACUUAGCUCUGAGGACGGGGGGUGGUGGGCAGAGCCCAGGAUUUACCUGGUGGUGAGGGGCUCAGGUGGGGAAAUAUGGCUUUUCCAUUAGUGUUAAAUGUCAAGUCUUCCUUUCUCAGUAGCUCCCAUUUCUUGGCCCCACAUUCAUCUUGUCUUAAAAGCCCUGGGUUUGGAGCGACCUGUUCUUGGCUGGGUUUCCGAGUGUGUGACCUUGGUCUCUGGCAGCUGGGGGACGCUGUGUCCACACUGUGACCAGGCCUGUAGAGUGCUCAGCCUUACUUACGAUACCUUUGUAACUGAAUACAGUGUUUUCAAUUUGUACAGAAUAGUUAGAAUAUUCUAUUAAAGUUGUGAAACAUGAAUCCA